AUUGACUAUUUCCUUAAUUUUCAUGAGCUUAAUGUUGUCUCUACUCUCUAUGAUAUAGUUUACCCUUGAAUGUUCUCUGCUUCUGACUGGUUUAGUAAUAGUUUGGCUGAUAGUGUUCAUCUGGGGAGGGCACUAUCAGCCCAUAGCACUGGUCAGAGGGUAAUACCUGGAUGGAUAAAAGUCAUCCACAGACUGGAAAACCCCACUAAACUCACUGCAUUUGGUGGGUCUCUUGCCGGUUUUUUUUUUUCAUUUUUCAUUCAUUUUUUUUCAUUUGUUAAAUGUCAGCUUUCAAAUCAUUCAUCCAGAAAUUUAAAAAAAUAAUUUAGUGUCAUUGUUUUUAAAAUUGGCAUGCCUUGUCUUGGAACUAUCGGUUUGAUAGCUGCUUCUUGGAAAUUUGAUAUUCUAAAAUCUAGCACGUUAGCUCUUGAAGCUUCAUUUAUCAAGCUAAUAUAUCAAUGAUAGUGUCUACCUGUGGAGGGCACUAUCAUCUUAUAGUGCCUAUCCCAGAAAAAUGCUCAGAUGGAUAGUGCCCUUCCUUGAAAUUUCCUGUAAACAAGCGGGCCUACAGCCCCAAAAAACUAACCAAAUUCACUGUAUUUAGUGUAUUUGUUGUCGGUUUUUUUUGUUGUUUGUUAAAUUUCAGCUUUCAAUUGAGUCUUUUAUUCUGAAAAGUAAAAACUAACUCACAAUGCUCAUAUUUAAUUGGGUGCACAUAUCCAAGGGGCAACUAUCAGUCUGAUAGUUGCCCUUGAAAUUUGAUGUUCUUAAAACUAGGAUAUUAUCCCUCACAACUUAACCUCUUGGGCUCAUAUUUGUUUUAAGAACAUUAAAUUUCUGUGGGGUAACUAUCAGUAGAUAGUUCCUUGACAGAAACACUUUCGACUAUUGUUUAAUAGUUCCUGUAUGUAAACCAUUUAUUUAAAUAUUUUGAGGAGAAUGUGAUGCUGGUCACCCUCAGGGGUUAAAGAGUUUUGAAUAGGCAGGUUGCUUUAAUUUGCAAUUCACAUUCCUUAAGUCACAAGCACAGAUCGGUGUGUUAAUGAUAUAGUGUUCUAACCCUAGAACAGUUAUCAAAUAGUUGUUUAGGGCUAGGUGAAUUUAUUUAUUAUGUUUAUAUAUAUUAAUAGCACAGCCACCUGUGGAAUGAUGUGUAAAAAGAGACCUGCUGGUUUAGAAUAAUUUUUUUAUCUAUGUGUCAUAGAUGUUACUCAGAUGAUAAAGCAGCUUGUGAAGAGGGCUACAAGACCUACUGCUAAGGACACCCGGCAUGGAAGGGUGCCUUAUGAGCCCAAGAAGGCACCACCAUUUACCCUUCAGCAGCUACUGCGCAUGCGUGCAUACUGCCUUAAUACAAUAGAGGUAAUCAGAAAUAAAUAAUAAAAUUAAAGGAGGGAGCAUAACUAGUUGGUAGGGAGGGGUCAGACAUAAUCAUUUUGAGGAAGCCCAUGAGCUCUGUUUUUUGUUUCAGGAGAAAAUGGACUAGUAGUUCUAAUCGGUAAUGCUAUGUUAUUCACCAGUACAAUACCUAUCUAUAUGAUAAAAAAUUGUUUACUUUCAUAGGGUUUACGAGGUAUAUGGUUAUGGACUGUUACAUUGUUUUCCUUUGCACUGUUCCUGAGAGGGGAGGAACCUCUUCGUCUCAAGCUGAAGAACUUGAGGUUACCUGCCAAUUUCACCUUAGGUAAUGAUUAGUGUAUAGCUUGUCUUGCACAACAAUGAAGUAUAUGUAACAUUUAUCACAAAUUUAUUUUAAAAGCCAAUUUCAUAAUUUACUGUAUACAUUUUUACUCCUGACUUGAUAUCUGAAAGGGCUGGGCAAGUAAUUACUACUACAAAUCUGUUUUUAUAAAUUUCUGCUUUUGAAUUGUUUUAUUAAUAUUGUUAAUGACCAUUAAUAUAAUAUCUUAUUUUCAGGUGAUCCCAUUACAUUGCCAAAGCGAAUUGAGGUAAAAAUACCAUGGUCAAAGGCAGAUAGAAAAGCCAAAGGUGGGUAUAUAUGUGUUACAGGUCAAAAUUAGCCUUAGGUCAUUUUUCCAACCAGGUUAUUUUUUUUUUUAGACCUAGUUUAUUUUUUAUACUAGAUGUAUCACAGGCGGCCUUGGGCCGCCUGUGGAUGUAUAAGUAGAAAUUUAAAGUUAAAACACCUCCCUUCCAUCGCUGUCUCUGAACCUCCCUCCACCAUCCUUCCUCACCCUGUGGAAAAUAUUUCAUAAAGUAUUGCUAAUGAAGUCAUACUCUAAAUGUGUGGUUCCAGAAAAUGUCCAAACUACCCCCACAGAAGGGAUUGGAAAUUCUUGGUGGUGGGGUCUCAGAGACCAAAACCUUUUAAGGAAAUGUAUGAAGCUCAAUUGGAAUUUCUAGGGGGUGAGGGUCUUAUGAAAAAUCUCUUUUGUGGGAUAGGUAGGGAUAAUUUAUGGAACUACACACUACGACGUGGAACAGAGUGUUUUUGAUGAAAUUUAAGGUGUUCAGAUAAAUGAUAUAACACUGUCUUGAGUGUUUAAUAACUUCUUUGCAUUUGAAACAAUGAUAAAUUAUUAAUGAGUUUAAAAAGUUUAUACUGAUUUUUAAAUAUUUUCUUACAACAUGCUGUCAUUAUUCAUGUCUUAGGUAAAGUCAUCAAUAUAAAUAUCAAAUUGUUUAGUGUAAAUGGAAGCAAUGACGAUGGUGUUAGAGUUCCUGGAUCAGUUAUCAAACCUUGCUAAAUCAUGGUAGCAAUUGUAGGUAUUGUUAAGGGGGCCCAAGAUAACCUCUAAAAACCCUACAAAAAGGUUUGGUUUGGAAGGGUUUGAGGCGGGCUUUACCAUUCUAAUCAUCAAUCAUUUGAUUUCAGGUGUUACACUUACCCUGUGGAGUAACCCUUUCAACAAACAGUUGUGCCCUGUGACUGCUCUUAUUGCAUGGUUACUUGUAGCAGGUUUGUAAAGAAUUUAUUUGAAUUUUGUGUUUUAGUUCAACAUUAUCCUUGGUUCUAUUUGUAUUUCUCUUUGUUUGACAUUUAUCAACCUAUAAGGGAGCAAUGAUGAAUCAAAACUGAAUCAAGAAAUAAAAUUGAACCACAGCAUUUUAACACAGUCAAAGCACUCCUUGCAACCUCUCCUAAGCAACCAGCUCUGGUUACUGCCACUACACCUUAUGUAAACCCUGUUUUAAUUAUUAUACAAAUUCUGCAAUUAAAGCUGUCAUAGGGUCCAAGCACAUCUGUUUUUGUGAACUACCAAUUAGUCUUUUCCUUUGUUUUUAGCCUUCCAUUUUUGCAAGCAACCAUUUAUAGUUAUGACCACAUUUUUGAAUUCCCAGGGUGGUUACUUUUGGCUUGCAUAGCUGGCUGGAUUUUUCAACCAAUUGCUUUUUUUUUUUUUUCAAAUGGAGCAGCCAGGCUGCAAGGAGUCAGGUGUCCUGCCAGCAACUUUGCCCACAGUUUCCCUUGAGCCCCAUAAUUCCACUAUUCACUUGCAAUAUCGAGCUUUCACCAUGUAAUGGUGGAUUUAGGGGAGGACCCCCCUUUAAUAUUUAUACUGCUCUAUAGUGGUGUUGUUUACAUAAGAAAAGUUCAUGUCUUAAAAGCAACUAGUUUAAAAAAUGCUUUUAAUCACCUUCAGAAUUUUGAGCACCUGCUAAGUUGAUCUUUUGUAUGUGACCUUCCCAUUCAAGUUGUAUUAAUGGCCAUCCAUUUGUAGAAAAGGCAUCAAAUUUCAUCAACUCAUCAAGUACCCCCAUUAGUAGAGGGUUUUGACCCUUGGCUACAGAUUCCUUACACUUUAAUUUAGUUAUUCACUGACUUUGCAAAUAGCAUUUUUUUUUCCUGGUUGUAUACAUUUGGUAUCUUUCAAAAUGAACUUGUCUAGCAAAAACUGAUCAUAUUAUUUUCAUAUUUGACUGAAGAUAUUCGUGGGGGUUACCUUUUCCCAAGGGUUGGGAAAAAUAACCGUGCUGUCCUGCGAAACUGUGCCCGUGGGGUCACCACCUACAGGAAAACCUUUCUUGAGGUACGAUGUAUACAGUUUAAAUUUAUCUGUAACUAAUUUAGUUAAAAAACUGUAUCUGUUCAUGCUGUUAGAUAACCAUCAGCUAGGAGAAGCAGCCAGAAUACACGCUUCAUUCAGCUACUUAAACUAAUUUCCUGAAUUUCAAUAUUAUUUAGAUGUCCAAGGCUCUUUUUGAGAAGGAAUUCACGACACACAGCAUCAGACGAUCAGCAGCUCGAUGGGCUGCUCGUUGUGGGGCAGAUGAUAGUACCAUAAAAAGAGCAGGGAGAUGGUAUGUUACAUGUGAAUUAAAAAACCUAUGUUCAAACUUACAUGUACACAAGUGAAAAAAGCCUUUUUUUUUUUUUUUUUUUUUUUAUGCAGCCAAGAGUGCAGUGUAUCAUGAAAUUCAUGAGAUGACAAAAUAAAACAGAAGAUUGUAUCAUUCUAUAGUUUGAAUAAAGUUUAUGUAGAUGUAAUGCAUCAUUACAUUAUCAUUUUAAAAUGGGCAAGAUGUCUAUAUUAGUGACGUGCAAAAAUCUUGGUCUAUUGUUAUGAGGCCAGAAAAGCUUUCUUAUCUUCAAGUAAAAAGCAAAAUGCACUUUUUAAUUCAUGUAUGAAGUGAAUAAUCAAGUAUUCUGUUAAAAGUAACAAAAGUUUCAGGUUUAAAAGGGAUUCAGUUCUGUGACAAGAAAAUGCCAAUGUGCAACAAGGUGAAACAUGCACAGGAAUAAGCACACAAAAACACUUUCUUUUACUUGUGCUUAUGCUUAUUUCACAAGGUGGAACCAAGGUGAAAUAAGCUCAAGGACAAGCACAACUUUGGUAGUUGACCUAUCUCUUAUCAUGCAGUAUCCAUCAGAAUUGUGAAAACACUGCACUUGUGCAUGGUGUCUAAGGUUGUGCUUAUCACAACUGUGAACACCUUUUGUGGUUAUGCUAGCACUUAUACUUGCACUUAUGCUUGUGCUCAUCCCAGAAUAAUUGUAAACCAGCCUUAAGUAAACUGGAAGCCCCUUUUCUUUCUUUUAUUGUUCCAUUGCAUUCAGUUGGUUAGCUCAUUGUUGAAAUUCAACUGUCCGUUUACUUACUUCAUUUUAUUGUAUUCUCGUAUUUGCAGUGAGAUUCUUGUGUAAAAAAAAUAUGUGUCAAUGAAGAAUAAUCAUUUUGGCUUGACUGAUUAUCGGUUUUCCUUUCUUUCAGGAAAUCCAGUAGCUUUGAACUGUACACACAAGAUGCUAGAGCAGAAAUGAUAAAGGAACAACAUGAUGGAAAUCAAUAUUUGAUCAUAAAAUGUGGAUGUUUAAACCUCUAC